AUUCAAGCGCAAGUCCAUAUCAUUGACCAGAGGGUUUGAAGCCCGAAUCAUAGUGUGCGCCUCAUAGGGAAAUGUGCUCGGCGGUCUCGGGGCAAAAGAGGGCCGAAUAAGGGCCGACGAUCGGAGGAUCAGAUAAGAUCCUCGGCCGAGGAGCUUCCACGGAGGGUCCGAUCCUUAUAAACAUCGCAUCAGCCUGGCCCCUUUCUCUUGCUUUUUAUUUUAUUUUGUUUCUGAGGCUUGAUCUCUCUUUUAUCUAUGAUUAAAGUCCAUCAUGCUGGCCGAACUCCUCCUGGUCUGCAAAGCCCUCGGCCUCUCCUUCCGCCAGAUCUACACCUACCUGUCGCAGGCCCUCUCGCCGCGUCUCCACCGUCUAACCUACCGAUCCGUCGAACAUCCCCGAAACGUCGUCGUCAUCGGUGCCUCAUUCGCCGGAUACCAUGCGGCCAGAUGUCUCGCCAGCUCCUUACCGACCGGCUACCGCGUCGUGAUUGUGGAGAAAAACACCCAUCUCCAGGUGACCUGGGUGUUGCCGAGAUUCAGCGUCGUCGGGGGGCAUGAGCACAAGGCGUUCAUACCCUACGGACCGUAUCUGUCCGCUGUGCCGAAGGGGUCGUAUGAGUGGGUACGGGACACGGCGGAGCAGAUCAGUGUGGAUGAAGAUGGAGGGGGGAAUGUGCAGUUGGGGUCUGGGACGACGAUCGACUUCGAGUAUUUGGUUAUGGCGACUGGGGCGUCGGGGAGCUUGCCGUCGCGAGUGGGAGUGACGACGAAGAAAGAGGGGAUGGAGAUGUUGAGUAUAGAGCAGGAUAAGCUGGUGGCUGCGACGGAUGUGGUGGUGCUGGGCGGUGGACCAGCGGGGAUCGAGUUGGCGGGAGAUGCGAAGUCGAGGUAUCCAGAGAAGAAUGUCACGUUGGUGCAUUCGCGGAAGGCUUUGUUGAAUGAUCACUUUGGGCCGACGCUGGCGAAAAGAGCGCUGGAGGAGUUGGAGAAGAUCGGGGUGAGUGUUAAAUUGGGGGAGAGGGUUAAUGUGGACGGCGCCGUGGAGACCGGGACAGUGCAGUUACAUUCUGGGGAGACGAUUCCAUGCAGUUAUCUGGCAAAAUGCAUCGGUCAACGGCCGAAUUCUGCUCUUAUCCAGGCAUUAUCCCCCAAGUCGGUCUCUUCCUCAGGACACAUCCGCGUUCGUCCUACAUUGCAACUCGCCGACUCGACAUUCGACCGAAUCUACGCAGCAGGCGAUGUGAUUGAGCUGAACUGCAUCAGAAAUGCACGCUCGGCGUUUGAGCAGGCAAGAUUUGUCGCGAACAACAUCGUCUGUUCCAUUCGGUCCAAGAAGCAGGCCGAGUACCGUUAUGGGUGGUGGGAGGGCGCAACCAAGCUGACGCUAGGCCUGACGAAGGCAGUGGCUUACAUGAGUGACGGAACAACCGAGAUCAGUAUGUCUAUGAAGAGCAAAGAAGACAUUGACAGCACCAUGAUUUGGAGGUUCUUCGGGGCCAAGGCAUUCGUUGAUGAGACAAAUGGCGAGCUUGAUUAACUUGCAAAUAUUGGAGUAGGCGAUAAAUAGGUGAAGAUAUUCGGCAUUUUCCUGUACAUAUUCUAAAGUCUAACAUUGCUGCGAUGAGUCCAAUGUAG